CGCUGAAUAAUAUAGUAAAUGCUCGAGCAUUCUGAAAAGCGUUCGUUGAGAGAAAAAGAAAGCUGUGGAGAAUUUAUUUUCUUUUCAGAAAAACCCCUCAAAUUUCUCAAUCUCUUCAAAAUUAAAAUUAAAGUCUCGUUUCAAGGUGUUAUGGUCCACCAUCACCAACUUCUUUUAUUUUGUCUCCUGAUUUGAUUUUGAAUUAUCUUUUUCUAUAAUUUAUCCUUUUUUUUCUUUUCCAAACCCUAAUUUACUCAAAUCUAGGAUUUCCAAAGGAUGGGCAUUUCUCGAUCAGUUAUUUGUUCAUCAAUUCACGCUAAUUCUUGCUCCUGUUGUGUAAUUCAUGGCUGUCUAGUGGGUUAGAUUUUUGGUUCUGAUUUAGAUCAGUAAUUUAAGUCUCUUUUGUUAAAUUUGGGGGAAAAAACGAGAAGAAUCAGAAGUGUGUAAUUGAGUAAAUUAGUAUGCAUAUAGAAGAAGUGGAAGUGGAGGUGAAUAGCAGCACCAGUGGUAACAAGGUUACGGGUUUGGAUGCGAAGCGGGUAGUGGUAGGAGCAGGAGCUCGUGCUCUGUUUUACCCGACUUUGUUGUAUAAUGUUUUGAGAAACAAGAUUCAAUCUGAAUUCCGAUGGUGGGAUUGGGUUGAUCAGUUCAUAUUGUUAGGUGCUGUUCCCUUUCCUACAGAUGUUCCUCGCUUGAAAGAACUCGGUGUUUCUGCUGUAGUUACGUUAAAUGAAUCAUAUGAGACUUUGGUUCCUUCAUCACUAUACCAUGCUCACAAUAUUGUUCAUUUGGUCAUUCCAACUAGAGAUUACCUGUUUGCUCCAUCAUUUGCUGAUAUAAGCCAAGCUGUAGACUUUAUUCAUGAAAAUGCGUCCCUUGGGAAGACAACAUAUGUCCACUGUAAGGCUGGUAGAGGGCGGAGUACCACCAUUGUUCUCUGUUAUCUUGUUCAACACAGGCAUAUGACACCCGAUGCUGCAUAUGAGUAUGUGAGAGCUAUUAGACCAAGAGUACUUUUGGCCUCUUCCCAACGGGAGGCGGUUCAGGAUUACUAUCUUAAAUUGAAGGAAACUCGCAACCUUGGUUGCAUGGUAGCAAGGAAAAACUUAGAUUUUACAAUUACAACUAAAGAGCAGAUCGAACAGGACACGGCAGCAUUUGGAGAUGGCUCAUUUCUGGUGGUAACUGAAUCAGAUCUUGACGGAUAUGAUGUUUGGUCUGAAUCAAGCGAAGAGGCUAACAAAAUGUUGGGUGAUCUUAGCUUGGUUUGCCGGGUUCAGUAUGCCAGUCAGGCAGCAAUAUCUAGACUUUCAUGUCGGUGGCUUGGAUGCCACUCGAACCAGAAACCCUCAAGGAAAGAUCUGGGGAGCUCUGCUGGGGAUGAUCAAUUGAGAAGUCUUACGGUUGACAUCCAAGUUUAUUGAAAUGUCAAUCUGCUGGAGGUGUGACUUACUAGGGAUUUAGUCGUUUGUUCUUUUGUUUUUGGUUGGUCAACACAGGAACAGUGAAUACUUCGAUAAGAAAAUUUACUUUUUUAUUGCUGUUUUUUCCUUGUUGGUUGCGUUCUUUUUCGUUGUUUAGGAUAAGAAGAGGAAGUUAUGAAGAAAUGGCAGCAUUUCUUUGUUGUUGUAGGUGCUGUUCAUGACCGAGUCUCUGAUCGUUUUAGUCUCUUCCGAGUGAGGUUUAUACUCUUGUUCAGCACUCAUUUAGCAUAUCUGGAGAAGAAGUAUGAAAUUUUUGAGGUGCAUUAGUAGUUUGCUUUUGUGUUAGACAAUGUGAUUGUAUACAAAGUGAUAAAGAAGCGGCACAUGUCUGAUGCAACUUCUUAUAACUCUGAGUAGUUCAGGAGUUUGCAAGCAUUUGUUUGUUUACUUCAAACAAUGCAAAGUUAUUGAAGUUUUAAUCUCAACUGUAAUUCUUCUAGCCUUGUUUUAUUAGGUUAACUCAUCAUGUGAAUCUUUUAGUUGAAAUGGAUUUUUUUUUUUAUAAUAAGUGUUUGGUACAAAUUUACUUAUUUUGUUAA